AGAGCAUGUGCUUUCCAUUUUUACUGGAAAGAACAUCAGUACCUUCACUGUUUAUAUGAAGAGUUUGGCUUUUAACACUUUUCAUAUGUUUUACUCUUCUGUUUUAAAAAAAAAACAGCAGUCAUUCUGCUUCAGAAGUUGGCGUUAGAGUGGACUUGAGCGGUUUUUCUUUUCCCGGAGAGUCUCUCCCCCCUCUUAUCUCUCCAUUCCUACCUCCCUCAUCUUUCUGUCCCUCUCUCUUUUGUGUUCUCUGGAGAAGGAGGAGCUCAGAACCAAAGGGAAGAGGACUAGGCAGUGAUGUUCCAAUGUGCAUCCAGUACAAGCAGUGCCACGGCAAUUGACUCAGUUGACUCUGCCCUCUCCAUGGAAGCACUGUGAACUAAUCAGAACCCUGUUGCCAGCUAGCUAUGGACUGCACAGCUGCUAUUUUGAAACCAUGUGUGUGCUCUAGAACCAAGUGGUGUCGGCAUGAGCGCUCCUCCAACCACCGUCGCCCAUGGAGGCUGCUGCAUGGCUGCAGUUGUGGCAGAGGUGUCAUGGAAGCGGAUGUCGUCAACCACGCCUCCUCCCUCCUGCGUCGUUUGCUGUUAUAUGUUUGCUGUUGUCUGUCCAGUGAGGAUAGCCCUGAGCUGCGACGAAAUUGGGUGGCUCCUCCCAUCGAUGGAGCACAGAGGGGAGGAAGAAGAGAAGAGGAAGGUGAGGACGAGGAGUUGGGACCUCCUCCUUCAGUGGACGAGGCGGCUGACGCUUUGAUGACCAGGUUGGGCUUCCUGCUGGGGGACAAAAUAAUCAGUGGAGAGCCGGGGUCCCCUUACCAUGCUCAGGACGAUGCACAGAGGAUGUCUCCGUCCUCCAGUCUGGCCAGUAGCAGCACCUCCCCCUGCUCCACACUGCAGCCCCCUGCUGGAGGAGAAUGCAACAGCGACAACAAGCAUGUCUCCUCCAACCAUGCCUCUGUCACUUCCCCCACCUCAACACUGGAAAGCAGAGACAGUGGCAUCAUAGCCACGUUGACCAGCUAUUCUGCAGAGUCAGCAGCAGAGCAGGACAACAGCACCAAAUACCCUGGAGAUGGUUACCAUGGGAGCAGCCUCCACCUCUGGCAGCAAGGUGGCCGGCCGGUGGUGGUCUCCACCUCCUCGUCCUGUAUGGUGGCAGCGGAAAGUGUUAACGGCCGCUUUCUGUACAGGGCAGACGACAACAUGGCCGCCUCCACUUACAGCCUCAACAAACUCCACCCAGACCGAGGCUCUGUCGCUGCACGCUCUUUGGGCUCCACCCACUCCAUACCUGUCUACCUCAUGCCCCGUCCCAAUUCAGUUGCUGCCACUAGUUCUGCCCACCUUGAGGAUCUGGCGUAUCUGGAUGAGCAGCAGAGACACAUCCCUUCAAGGACAUCCCUCAGAAUGCCCAGACAGAAUUCUGGGAGUCGUAGUCAACAGGACCACAGAGGUAAACACAAACACACACACAUAUAUACACUAAUUUCUACAAGCAGUAUUAUUAGUAAUACUCUGCUCAUACUCUCUUCUCCUGCAGUUUGUUUCACUCCCUCUCUCAACCUGAAGCCCCUGCACUUUGAGGUUCCCGGUCUCUCAUCUGAUUGGCUGUUCACUGGCAGGGAGUGGCUCUUUCAGGAAGUGGAUGCCUGUCUCUGCAGCGAUGACCCGUCAACCAGUCAGGGCGUGGUGAUCGUCGGCAACAUGGGCUUCGGCAAAACAGCCAUCAUUGCCCGACUGGUGGCGCUCAGUUGUCAUGGAAACCGAAUGUGGCAUACUGCUGCUCGGAGCCAGAGCACUCCAAAGCAUGUAGCACCUGUUUCUCUCUCCAACGAUUCCCUGGGAAGAGGAGGAGGAAGAGGAGAUGAAGGAGGAGGAGGAGGAAGCUGUCCAGGAACUCCAGAGAUGAGGAGGAGACAGGAGGAAGCCCUGAGGAAGCUUGCAGGACAGGUAGUCUCAUAUCAUUUCUGUCAGGCUGACAACUGUUACACUUGUCUGGUUCCGGAGUUCGUCCACAACAUGGCGGCAAUGCUGAGUCAUGCACCUCAACUGCUGGCCUAUCAGGAGCUACUGCACCGGUCGCCACAGCUACAGAGCACGCUCAGUCUACGCUCCUGCAUCCAGGAUCCGAGCUCUGCCCUCCAGAGAGGAAUACUGGAGCCGCUGGAUGCUCUCUACAGAGAGAGGAAAUUGCACGUGGAAGGGGCGGGCCUUAUUGUAUUGAUUGAUGGGUUAAACGAGGCAGAGUUCCACCGGCCAGACUACGGCAACACACUGACUUCCUUCCUGUCCCAAAACGUCCCAAAAUUUCCUCCCUGGUUGAAGAUCAUCACCACUGUCAGGACAAGCCAACAGGACAUCACUUCUUCUCUACCUUUUCAUCGCAUCUCUCUGGACAAGAUAGAGGAGAGCAAUGCUAUAGACCAGGACCUGCAGGGUUACCUGAUGCAGCGGAUCCACAGCAGCAGCGAGAUCCAGAGCAACGUGUCACUGAGCAAUGGCCGUUUUGACAACGCUGCUCUCAGCAAACUGAUCAGCCACCUGAAGAGCCUGAGCAGAGGCUCGUACCUCUACUUGAAACUGACACUGGACCUGAUAGAGGGAGGAUACCUGGUCCUGAAGAGCUCCAGCUUCAAAGUUGUUCCUGUCAGUCUAGCAGAGGUCUACCUGCUGCAGCUCAACAUGCGCUUUCCCACCCAGUCGUCUUUUCAGAGAGUUCUGCCGUUGCUUAACAUCACCGUGGCAUCACUGCACCCACUGACCGACAAGCAGCUGUUUGAGGUAGUGAAUGCUGCUGCCCUGAAUGGAGGAACGCUGCAGUGGGACGAGUUCUUGCAGCGGCUGGAGCAGCUCUCGCCGUUUCUCCUGAGGCGGAGCGAUGGCAGCUGGAUGCUGAACCACGCCUCGUUUAGAGAGUGGCUGGUUUGGAGGGAGGAGGGGCAGGACGACAGGUUCCUCUGUGACCCCAGGAGUGGUCACACUCUCUUGGCCUUCUGGCUCUGCAGACAAGAAGGGAAGUUGAAUCGACAGCAAACUCUGGAGCUGGGACAUCACAUCCUGAAGGCUCAUAUCUACAAGGGUCUUAGUAAGAAGCUUGGGAUUUCCUCCUCAGUUCUGCAGGGGCUGUGGCUGUCCUACAGCACAGACAACCUGAGCCCUGCUCUCUCAUCUCUGCGCAACCUCUACACCCCUAACAUCAAGGUGAGCAGGUUGCUAAUCAUGGGUGGAGCUGAUGUGGAUUACCAUAGUGACGUCCUUAACAACGCCCCUCUGUUGUGUGUGUACUCCCACCUGGGCCACAAGGAUGCCGUGGCACUGCUGCUUGAUCACGGAGCUCAGGUGGAUUCUCAGUCACAUGAUGGUUUGACUGCACUGGGAUUUGCUGCUGCUGCUGGACAUAUGGACAUUGUCAUCAUGCUGAGUCAGCACAGAGCUAAGGUGGGUCAUGUGGACAGCUCAGGUCAGUGUGUGUUGGUACACGCUGCUCAGCGAGGCCACCUCAAGGUGCUGCACUUCCUGUUGAAGUGUGCAGAUUGGAGCUGCACUUCCAGCUGUGGCCAGCGAGAGGCGAGCAAGAGCCAGGCAGUGCAGCAAGCUCUGAUUGCAGCAGCCAGCAUGGGCCACACAGAGAUGGUGUCAUAUCUACUAGAUCUUCCAGAGGAAGAUGAGGAAGAGGAAGAGAGACCUGAGAUUAACACAUCUGACACUCUGUGGGGAGAAACAGCUCUAACAGCAGCAGCAGGAAGUGGCAGGCUGCCUGUGUGCAGGCUGUUGUUGGAUCAGGGUGCUGCUGCUGAGCAAAGCAACCGGCGAGGUGUGGCUCCGCUCUUCAGUGCCGUGAGACAUGGCCACUGGCAGGUGGUGGAAUUGCUACUGAAUCAUGGGGUGGAGGUGAACAUGAUUGACCAGCAGGGUCGGACAGCUCUAAUGACGGCAGCCUCGGAGGGACAUAUGCCGUCCGCACUGCUGCUGCUGGAACAUGGAGCAUCUCUGGACCAGAGCGACAGGGAGGGGUUGACAGCACUGAGCUGGGCAUGUCUCAAAGGCCAGCACCCCUUGGUCAGAGAGCUGGUGGAGAGAGGCGCAGCCACAACUCAUGUUGACCGCAGUGGACGGACGCCUCUGGACCUCGCCGCCUUCCGUGGUGACCCAGAAGUGGUGCAGUACCUGGUGGAUCAUGGUGCACUGGUGGAGCAUGUGGAUUGCAGUGGGAUGCGUCCUCUUGACCGAGCGGUCGGCUGCAGAAACACUUCGGCUGUCAUCGCUCUGCUCAAAAAGGGAGCAAAGAUAGGACCAGCAACCUGGGCCAUGGCAACAUCUAAACCAGACAUCCUAAUGGUUCUGCUCACUAAACUGAUUCAGGAAGGAGACAAACUGUACAAGCAAGGUAAAGUGCGAGAAGCUGCUCACUCCUAUCAGUCAGCACUUCAGAAGUUUCCAGGAGACGAGCUGAAGACAUUCAGACAGCUGAGAGUGUGUGUGCUGCUCAACCUGUCACGGUGCCACCGUAAGAAGAAUGAUUUUGACCUUGCUGAGGAGUUCGCUACCAAAGCACUAGAACUAAAAGCACAAUCCUACGAGGCCUUUUAUGCCAGAGCCCGGGCCAAACGCAGCCGCAGACAAUUUCAUGCAGCCCUGGAGGACCUAAUUGAGGCCAGCCAUCUGUGUCCAUCUAAUCGGGAGAUCCAGCGUUUGCUGUCCCGGGUCAAGGAAGAGUGUCGGCAGGAUUCUCAACAACAAGAGUCUCCCCAUCCUUUAUCACACCAUGCUUAUCAACAUAAUGUGUCUGUCAACGAGGCCAGGUGCAGAGAUUCAGGUUGUCUGCAGGUUCAUGACAAGGAGGGGCUUACAGAGGAAGAGGAGGAAGAAGAGAAGGAAGACGAGAGGUGUUACAGGGAAGGAGAUCCCCCUCCUCACUCCUCCUUCCACCCUACACCUGUGGUUCAUAGUCUUGACACUCACUGCCGGCCUGUGGUGUCAUCACCCUCCUCCCUCUCCCCUACUCACCUGUAUCAUCACCUUCCAAGCCCCAUCCACUCUCCUUCUUCUUCAGCCUGUCAUUCUGCUGCUGCACCUCCUCCUCCUUCAUCCUCCUUUCACCAUUUCAGCCCUCCUUCCUCCCCAAUACAGCAUCCGGCCUGCCAAAUGUCAGAAAGUAUCACUGCAUUGUCAGGGACAGGAGGGCACCACUAUCCACAGUCCUACUUAGCGCUCCACCACUCAGACCAGAAACAGGGAGUGCAGCAAUACCAUUUUUUGUCUGAUCAGAGAUCACCUCAGAAGCAGAACCCUGCACAAGGCCAAUGGCUUCAACCAGCCAAAGCCCAGUUUGUUAGAACCAGUCAGCCUAGUUCUUCAUCCCACUCCAGCAUGGUUUUGGGAAGUUCAGCUUACUCACAGUUUGCCUAUCUGCCCCAAGAACUGGAUGAACUGGGAGACGGAAUUUGCUCCGGUCUCCUAAAUGUCAGGCCUAACCUGCAGGUCCAGGCUGGUCCAAAUUCUGGAGCUUCAUAUCCACUUGAUAAUGUAGAUGUUGACUUGACAUGCCAGUUGAGACCUGCAUCUUCCUUUGGGAGAGGAGCAGGAGGGGAAAGGGUGGGGAUCAACCGGUUUGCCCCGGUCCGUCAGUUCACCCUCAACCAAUCCAAAGCAGCUUGCUACCCCAUGGAAGUUACAGAGGCAACAAUGGGACCACCUGAUAGCCUUCCAUCAUUGCAUGAUUAUCAGUACCAUGACCAGGGUGUCCUGCGACGUCCAGUUAGUGCCCAUCCAAACUCAUCCAAUAUCUCCUCCACCAGGCCUCUCAAUCAGAGUGUCAGUGUCUGUUUCCCCACCACCAGCAGCAGCCUCGCUGGUGGGCAGCCAGCUAAUCAUGGAUCAGGCUUCAGGACCUCAGCCUCCACCCAGCACAUGGAUUUACCCUCAGAUCUGGCCUCUAUGGGAGGGGUUACUAGUUAUCAUGAUGAUCUCUUUCUGAUUUCCUCUCCACAGUCAGAAAUAUGCAUGACAGGAGGUGGGACUUAUCCUGGAGAGGGAGGUCGGUCAUCAAGGAGCAUUCCUUUUAUGGGCGUUAUUGACAAGACAGUGAGGGUGCAACAGCAGUAUCAGCAACAAGCUCCUUCUAGUUCCUCAUCCUGUCUCAGCCCCUCUCGCUCCUGGGCUGUGUCUUCAGUGGACACAGUUGUCACCCCACCUGCUAAAACCCCACCCAACCAAGGAGGCUUCAGUCAACAACAGCCCUCCUCCAUUGCCUACCACAACCGUAGUAACAACAAUGCCCACAAUGGUCACAACCACCUAGACUACUAUGAGGUGCUGCCAGGUAGUGGUACCCAGAGUGAGGGCUCGAUGCAGGUUGCUAGUCACAAUCCCUCUUACCUGGACGUGAAGCUGGCCCGAACACUGCCAGUGAUUCAUAGCUGCUCAAACAGACCAACUGAGAAAAAGACAGGACCUACCUCUCCUGUCAAACCAAAAAGACCCUUUGUUGAGUCCAAUGUAUAGGGAAAAGUCUAAAUGUUAAGUCAGACACAAGGGAGGAGGUUCAAUCAAGAUUGUACAGCAUACAUUCCAAGGUUCACAGAAGACAUGGAAUAUGUAAGGUUGGGCUACGCUUAACACUAAUUAAGAAGUUUGGUGUGUAUUUUUAUAUGUGUUGUUGGUACUGAAUUAAGGGGGAAUACAGUAAUAGUAGUUGGCUAUACACACCCAGGUCCACUGCUGCAAGAAAUAGGUAUACUUGUCAGAUUGUUUGCUUCUGAAAGACAAGCACUUCAUAUGAAGCAUAUAAAAAUAUGAGUACAAUAUGGAAAGCAUUUCUUCUUAUGUUCAUUAAUUGGCAGGUGGUUAACAUACAAACCUGAUCUGCCGCAUUGUUAACCAUUCAAAGAUGACCAAGUACAAAGGGAGGGAGGAAAACAUCAGUUCGAAGAACAUGAUCUUUGGUUCUGAACUGACAUCACAAAGCACAACGAGGAAAAGGAAGGUUGUGGAAAUUAUAAACACAAAAAAGACACUGGGAAAAUUCCUCAUUCUUUCCCUGGUUAUCUCUGGCUAACUAAUGUCUCUGGAAGUUCAUAUUACACUGCUCUUGAGUUUCUCUGCCAAAUUCAUGAAUGAAAGCCUAGGUGGUGACAGUCAGACAGGAAAGACACAGAAGCACCACUUUGCUAUUGACGCCUUUAAUGCAGAUUCGCAUUUCAAGUUUGAAGCGCUUUAAUGACACAAUGACUGGAAACCUGGACACAUCCAUGCUCUAGAACUUGUGCCAGGCAGAUGCUGGUCAGUGACCCAGUCCUAAGCCAUAGUUUGAGAAACUAGGAUUAUGCUGUCAUUGUAUGAGCACUGACUUACUGUUUAUAAAACAAAAGUAAGUGAUAUUUAUCUUUUUUAAGUUAUGUCUGUGUUAACCUAUAUGAAUAGUGUUUCAACUUGGAUUUGUUGUUUUUUAUUUUGGAGUAAUUUUCACUCGGAACACAGAAAUGUUUUCCAGGAGAUAAAAAAACAAUAGCAACAUAAAAGUGCAGUUUUGUUCAGUUCUGGGUUAAGAACUCUUCUUGCUUGUGUACGAUGGCAUUAAUUUACAAAGAAAAACCCGAAACUAUGCCUAUAAGAUUUUUGGAUGUUAUAACUUCAGGAAGGAUUUUUUUAUUUUAGUUUUUAAUCAUGAAGGUUUUUUAUAUCCGCUGGUCACAUCGUUCCCAAACUGAUUUACUGGGGCCUUGAUCCCAAUGCCAUGGAAACCGUGCUUACAUGUCCCAUCAGGUGCUAAAUGGCUCCUCCUACUCUCAGUAAGUCCCUGAACAGUACUUAUCCAGUCACAGCUUAUGUAACUAGGCAAGACAUGGCCUAUCAGUGUCUUGAUUUCUCUUUACACAUUGAAACAGGUGGCAUGGAGCUGUAGUAAAAUCAAUCCUCUAAAUUCAGUCUUUUUGCUUUAGCCUUUUAAAAAACAAAAACACAAUCAAGAAAGCAUGGAAUGGCUUGAUGUGUAAUGAAUUUAUCUGCUGUAGCACUAGCUGUGAUCUAGCAUGGUUAACAAGUUUACUACCUACAGCAAUAAGAAUUGCUUUCGAAGCAUUGGGCCACUAAAUAUGAAAAGCUUUGAUCACCCGUGGGUAAUACAUUGUGUAACAUCCCCCCUGUAAGCUGAUUCUGGAUGCUAUCAGAGACUAGACUAUCAAUUGCAGUUUUCCUCUUCUCUUGAUUUUGUGUAAUUUGCCAAGCACAUCAUUUUAUUCUCACUCACAAAGUCCAGUAAAGCUAAAAGUGAUCAUAUGGCAGCCGAUCUAACAUAACAGGGUUAUUUUAGAUUCACAUAACUGAACUUUGUGUUCCCAUCAUACUUAGAUUAACUAGUUCUAUACUCCAACACAAAAACAAUGCUGUUGCAUUUUAAUGCCUCUACGCCAGUGGCCUUGAGGGAAUUUCUUCAAAUUUUUUUACGAACAUUCACUGUCUCAAUGAUGAUCUUAUUCGAUUUUGGUGGUCAAAGUUCAAGGGCACGAUGGCCUCACAAAGCACAUUUUUAGGCUUGUAUUGAGAUAUUUCUGGAUCGCCCUUGAGGGAAUCGUUUUAUAUGUGGCACAAACAUUCACUUGGACUCAAAGAUUAACUGAUUUGAUUUUGGUUUCCACUGGUCAAGCUCACAGGUCAUGUUUACGUUUUUCUCAAAAGGGAUAUCUGAAGAUUAGCUUGAGAACAUGUCUUCAAAUUUGGCACAAUCUUUCACUCAUGGAUUAACUGAUUCAUUUUGGUGGUCAAAGGCCAAAGGUUCCCGUGGCCUUGAAAAACAUGUUCUUGGCCUCUUGAAUGGGUUGUUUCAAGACCGCCUUGAGGACAUUUCUUCAACUCUUGAUUGGAUUUCAGUGGUCAUAGGUCACAGUGACCUUAAAUGAAUCUAGGGAAUAUUAUGCAGUGUUGGAACAGCUGCACUGUUUUUGGCGAAGGCAUACAACAGCAGUGCAGUAUUUCUUGUUUACAUGUAUCCUAUGAGAGUAAAUGCUAAAUGUUUUCCUCAGUUCUUUAGCACCGUAUCAUGUAUGUAGCCAUCAGGUGCAUUUUAAGUCCCAUAUACAUCUAUCAAAUUCCAAAACAGUUUCAAAAAAUCAAACAGACAUUAUUUUCAACUCAUGGAGCCAAUGUUAGCAUAUUCAGCUACACAUUUUCACAUCAGCAAAAUUAACAGUUGAUGGCAAACCUCUGUCUAAAAUCAAGAACCCAUUGUUUCCAAAAUCAUUUAUAUUCAACUUAUUGAUUAUCUGCUGUGACAGAAUGGAAAGCUUGACAGGAGUACAAACAGUAACAAGAGGAAGGAGUGCACAGUCAAUCAUGGCUAGUUUUGCAGGGGGUAAGACCAAUACUUUAUAUUCAGAAAAUGGGACUAAACUGAAGUUUUAUGUAUUUUAUGCACACAAAUGCCUGUUUUUUUGUACAUUUAUUUUUACGUUUCUAAUGAAUCAGCAAUUCUCUGUUAGAGUUUCUGGUGCCGAUGUAACCUAUGACCUCUAACCUCUCUGUCAGUCUCUAUGACCACUGCCCUUUUCUCUUUCUGUGCUCAGGAGUCUCCAGCUGAGAGAUCUUUGAUACUAAUCAUGCUGGUUCACAAGACAUUUUCACAGUCUGACUGCUGGAAAACAUAUAAUUAUAAUUCUGGACACUAAGAUUAAUGAAGGAUCAUUUGCAAGUUUAUUGGAUGUCCAAGACUAUCAUCAGUGUUGCUUGAAAUCCUUUAUGAGCCACUUGGCAGAUGUGUAGUCUGUCAUUAAAACAACGUGUUGUGCUAUAUAUGUAGAAUUCCAUCCCCAACGUAAGGGGUCUCAAACCCCAAGUUUCAAACACUGUUGGAACGGAGCAGGGUCGGUUUGGUCCCUGUUAGUUGGGUUACAUGUGUGCUUUGUCACUGUGUAAGGUCAUAUUUAAAACCCAGGACUGUUACAUCACUAUGUACAUCAAUAUUAAGCAUUUAAAAUGUGUUUUUUAUCAGUUCAUGUGAAAUGAUUGACUCUUAGAAUUUCAGAGGAAUAAAGCAGAAUGAAAGGCAGAUGUGUAAUUGUAUCUCUUGGGGGAUUGAAAGGGGGAAUAAUUG